GCACAGGGAGCUAAGAUUAAGGAAUUAUACUCCAGAGGAUGAAGAGCUGAAGGAGAGGCAGGUGACCAAAGUCAAACCUGCAUCAGUGGAAGAAAAAGUAAAAGAUCAACUUGAAGCUGCUAAUCCAGAGCCCAUAAUUGAAGAAGUGGAUUUGGCCAAUCUUGCUCCAAGAAAACCAGACUGGGAUCUAAAGCGUGAUGUGGCCAAGAAACUGGAGAAGCUGGAGAGGAGAACACAGAGAGCCAUUGCUGAGCUCAUCCGGGAUCGUCUGCAAGGCUGUGAGGAGGAGCUGGCUGGAGCAGUAGGAGAAGUUGGAGUGGAUCAGGAAGAUUCAGAUUGAAUAUGAUGGGACAUGGUAGUAAGGAGGCAGAAUAAGGAUAGCAUUGAUUCAGUGGGCCUGUGUACAAACACAACUACUCAAGUCGAUAGUUGUCUCAUUCAUCAGACAUUCUUAACAACAUUGCUUUGUUGUAUUUUUCAAUGUAUAAAUUAAAAAGGCUUUUUGUUUUUCAAAUA